UGCGAAACACACCGGAAAGAACAAAAAGGACCCGUCUUCAGAACGGAACCUCUAUCAAGAGUAGAAUUUUCAAACAGCAGCGGUACUGAGCUUCGAUGCAGUGCCGAUGGAGCACCCUUCCCUCGCCUUAUCUGGCAAACUAAGAAUGGUGAGAGUGCCCGAGAUGUUACUGGUCUGAGAUUCACAAGGUCUGAUGGCACUCUGGUAUUUCCGCCAUUUUCGAGAAAUGACUAUCGUCAAGAUGUUCACGAUUCUGUUUACCAGUGUGUAGCAAUGAACAACGUCGGUUCCAUACUAAGCAGAGAGGUUCAUGUCAAAGGAGUCAUUAAUCAAAGAUUCAGUCCUCAAGUAUACGAUGACUUUGUGGUGCGGGGAAAUACAGCUGUUCUCAAGUGUCAUUUGCCGACAUUCGUCAAAGAAUACGUUUCUGUAGACUCAUGGAUCAGAAAUGAUGACUACGUUCUCAAAAUGGCCGACACAAGAAUUCGUUCUCACACUGUACUGUUUUCUGGUGAGUUAUUGAUCCAUGAAACGCAGGAGAAAGACGCAGAGUGGAGUUACCGAUGUCAGACCCGACACCGACUGACGGGUGAAAUGGUCGUCAGUAUCAGUGCUGGAAAAAUAACUGUGACCGAGCCUCAUGCCUCCACUUUGCCCCGUGUUACAUUCAGCCGCUUGCAGGUAAGGACGGCUGAAGGAUCACCAGCGCAAUUACCUUGCGUCGCUCAAGGAAAUCCACCUCCUCUUUACAGAUGGAUGAAGGAAAUUUCCGGUGUCUUAAGUCCCGUCAAAGAAGACGGACGAGUGUGGCUGGUGAAGGGAACGCUCAAUUUCCGGAAAGUGUUACGAACAGACGCUGGUAAAUAUCAGUGCAUCGUCCGAAACAGUAUUGGCGAGAGGAGGAUAGAAACAUCACUCAUUAUCUCAGCACCUUUACAAGUAUCAUUGCUGCUUCCAAACGCUUUAUUAAAUACUGGUCAGGAAGCAACGUUUACCUGCAAUGUCUCUGGAUACCCAGUGCAUACAAUAGCUUGGAUGAAAGACCAGAAAAUUAUAGUUCCAACGAAUAGAAUACAGCUGGUAUCAAGAGAAGUCUUGCUGAUUACUUCUCUCCGUCGGGAUGACAGAGGAAUGUAUCAGUGUUUUGCUUACAAUGAUAACGACAGUGCUCAGGGCACAGUGGAGCUGAAAAUUUCAGAUGUCCCACCCACACUAGUGUCGAUGUUUCCAGAACAAUCUGUCCAUCCUGGCUCGCCAAUAUCGUUGAAAUGUGUGACCACUGGCAAUCCUCCUCCUAAGGUUACAUGGUACGUGGAUGGAGGGGCAGUUUCGAGAACAGGACGUGUCACAUUUGGCGAUCACAUCACAGAACACGCCAACGUGGUCAGUUUUCUUAACAUAAGUGAUACGAGGGUAGAGGAUGGAGGGGAAUACAAAUGCCAAGUGAGCAACGACGUUGGCAGUACCUUCCAUUCUUCGAGACUAAAUGUCUAUGGACUAACUUUCGUCAGAGCUCUGCCAAAUAUUACUGCCAUAGCAGGUGAAGAGUUGCUUAUACGUUGCCCUUAUGGAGGUUACCCAAUAAAAAGUAUCAGGUGGUUCAAAAGUGGUAUGUUAUUACCUCUUAACCAUCGACAAAAGGUCACACACGGCGGUUCAUUGUCUAUUCAAAAUGUUCAGAGAUCAGCUGAUCAAGGUUCAUACAGUUGUACUGUUCAAGGUGCAAAUGGAGAAACAGCUUCAGGAACAACUUCUGUUUCCGUUGUAGUAUCACCAGUUAUCGACCAGCAUUUUUUUCGUGAGAGCAGCACAGUAGAUGAAGAAGCGAGAACAAAAUUAGUUUGCAUAGUGUCUAAAGGGGACCCACCACUACGUUUUCAUUGGCUGAAAAAUGGACUGCCUUUUGUCGCUCAUGGUGACAUCACAAUCCAGACUACCGAAGAUUCAUCCAUUAUGGCAUUCAAAAGAAUCACUUCUGCAGACAGAGGACAUUAUAGUUGCGUCGCUUCUAAUGUCGCAUCCUCCACAAACGCGACAAUGCAAAUGAUAGUGAACGUGCCUCCUCGUUGGACAGUAGAGCCCACGAAUGCGAGUGUUGUUCUAGGAAACACAGUGUGGAUGGAUUGUUCGGCAGUUGGAUUCCCUUCUCCCAGCGUCUUGUGGAAGAAACUGGUAUUUACAGAAAACACUGCUGGUGAUUUUACGUAUGUCCACUCUAGUCCAAGAGCUCACCGUUACAACAACGGUUCAUUGGUCAUCUCAGAUGCUGAAGAAAGCGAUGCUGGUAAUUAUCUUUGUCAGGCAAACAACGGAAUCGGUGCUGGGUUGAGCAAAAUUGUUACGCUUCAGGUUUUAGUUCCUCCAAGAUUCAAAGAUUCCUUCCAGAGUCGGUCCACAAGAGAGGGAACGAAUGCCACCCUGAAAUGUGAUUCAUCCGGGCAUUCACCCAUCACCAUCACCUGGCGGAAAGAUAAAAGAGUUUUAGACGAAAAGUCAAACAAAAGAUAUAUUGUUCGCAUCAUAUCCAAAACUCAUCAAACAAUUUCAGAGCUGCACAUUGUGAACGCAACACGAAAAGAUUCUGGAAAAUACAGCUGUACAGCAGUCAGCGAAAUAGGGAUGGACGAAUCAAUCAUCCAGUUCAUUGUUCAAGGUUUUCCGGAUGCUCCAUCUAAUGUUUCAGUUUUGAAUACUACUAGCAGAUCAGUUAGUUUAUUUUGGGAAAUAACACACAAUGGCAACAGUCACAUUACAGGCAGCAUUGUACAAUAUCAGACAAUAUCUGAUUCAAACUGGAAUGGACAGACAUCCCAACUGAUAGUAUCGGGUUCAGAGAACAGCGCCACUCUGAGGGCACUCAACCCUAUAACACUGUAUUUUGUGAGAGUAAUCGCCGAAAACUCAGUGGGGCAAAGUUUGCCAAGUUCGGUCAUAAAUGUUACAACUGAAGAAGAAGCUCCUUCUGGUUCUCCCAAAGAUGUGCAGGUCCAAUCGACAGGAGCUCAGUCCAUUAAAGUCACGUGGAAACCACCGCCCGAAGAAUUUCAGCAUGGCCGUAUAAGAGGUUAUUAUGUAGGAUACAGACUACCUGAAUCACUUGAGAGCUAUACACUUAAACAAGUGGAGAACAAUGAAAAGGAACAUCAUUCUACCUACAUUACGGGUCUACAACCAUUCACUAAGUACGAAAUUAUUGUCAAAGCCUACAACUCUGCUGGAACUGGUCCAAAAUCUGACAAGAUAAUAGGACAAACCCUAGAAACAGCACCUCCGACUUCCCCUACAGUACAGAUUGACGGAACAACCUCAUCAUCCAUAACGGUCCAUUGGAAAAAAGAUUCAAAAGAAAAGUCUGCAACUCCAGAAUACAGCCUUCACUACAAAAGUGAAAAUGAAGAUUGGAGAAUUGAAACUCUUAAUAAUAGCAUCGAUUACCACACAUUGAAAGGUCUGAGAUGCGGUACAAGAUAUCAGCUCUAUAUGACAGCUUCAAACAGUCUGGGAACUGGUGAGCCAAGCACGCCAGUAUUCAUCAGAACAAAAGGAGCAGCCCCUAUGUCUCCGCAAGAAACAGCCUUCAUCCAUGCCAAUGUAACUUCAUCGAAUCUUAUUCUGUCAGCGUGGAAGACGAGUGGUUGUCCAAUAAAACAUUUCAUAGUGCAAUAUCGACCUAAGUACCAAAGCCAAUGGAUCUCGUCAUCCAAAAAAGUUCAAAUGCCUCCAGAUAUUUAUGUUCUGCAGAACUUGGUGGCGGAAAAAGAAUACGACAUAAUGGUCACAGCUGUUAGUGACGCCGGAUUGACACAAGGGGAGUACACUGUGCGGACGCUAUCGCAACAAGCUCUUGCUCCAACGAUGAAUCCAGCAUUUGGUAAAAGGGAAACAGACUUGCCCUUCUACAAAAAUUUGGCACUGGUUGUACCAGUUGUGGUUUCUUCUCUCAUCACGAUACUUCUUCUGUUCGCUAUUAUUGUUUGUUUUCGGAAGCAUUUGAAGGACAGAAGAAGAAGGCACGAGUGUGACAAUAGAAAAUCAUAUCCUGAUUCUUUGAUGAUGAGUGAUAUGUCUAAAGAAGUAAAGACGAAACCAACAGAUUUUUCCCACUAUACUUGUCCUGGAAAAACAGAUUAUGCUGAGCCGUAUGCUUGCGAGGAACUUUUGUCAAAACAAGGUUCAGAUGGAUUAUUUGCAACAAUUAAACGAUGUCCGACAAGACCAAUUUAUAUGUCAUCUUAUAAACCGGGCAAUGAAUCAUUUUGUUCAUCGCAUGUUUCUUCCCACGAAUGCAACCCCCUUCCCGAUCCGAACAAGAAAGAAAAAUGGAAUAAUCCACCGAAUCAUUCGAAACCAGUUCGGUGAUAGUGUCAAACCCUGCUUGUAUACAGACCACUACCGUCCGAAUUCUUUCGCAAGAUUUAUUCCCAAUUGGUUUUGCGAUUGAUCUACAAUUUCGAACUACCAUUAAGUAGGUACUGUACUGUUGAAAGACAAAUGAUCAGUAUUGAAUUAUGGAAAAAUAUGUGCAUCAAUGCUUUUUUUUCUCGGUUAUUUAUGAAAUAAAUAUUUGUGAUAUACCGAUAAUUUGUCCAAUAACCGAAAUUCCGAAUGUCAUUUGGCUGUUGAAUUAUGAAGAUUCUUUGGUGAUCAAAGAGUGUAAGAUAUAAAUUGUAUCUCAUACACAAAAAGAGCUUUGGAUGAUAUCAUUUGUAAGUAAGACGUUUAUCGUUGGAUUUGACAAAUUUUUAUUAAGUGAAUAAAUGUUAUAGAUUGAUAUAAAGCGAAUUAAUUUAAACUAUAUCAUAAAUCAAUUCUUAUAAAAGUAUUUCGUCGUGCCAAAGUAUAAAUUUUUACUAUAAAAUUAAUGCCACAUGCAGUUAUUUAAUCUCCAGCUUGACACCGUUUAUGUUUUUCCUGAAAGACGGAUUUAAGCACUGUUAACACGCCUUUCAAUAGAAAUGACCAGAAAAUAUUACUACACGAAAUGAGCUUUUUAAGAUCAUAAUAAGUAUAGAAAAUUUCAAUUUCAUAAUCAUAGUGACGUUUUUUUUCUGUGUUUUUGUAGUUCUCCUUCAGAUCGACGUUUUGCUUAAAUACUAAUGUCUCUGAACUACUUUUUAUCUGAGCUUAUGAGAUUAUUUUUUGCUUUAUUUCUACACAAACAUGAAUUUCCUUUCUGUAUAAGAAACAAACAAAGGAAUCUCAGGAGUAAAAAGUGAUAACCCACAUUUUUCUUGAGAAGCUCUAACAACGUGGAAAAAGAGAACCAAACACAAUUAAUAACCUAAACCGAGAUCGUUUCGAAACUAUAAUAAAGCAUUAUAUUUAGCUUCAUGAAAGAAGGAGAGAGAGAACCACAGAGAGACAGAAGAAAUUACAAACAAGUUACAGGGAAAAAAAUAAAAUUGAACCCUUAGGAUCGAUUCUAUUCUAUAGAAUAAGAUCGAACAAGAAAAUCAACAAAAGAUGUGAUGUAUUAAAAAAGGUAUCAAAAAGUGCACAAUGCUUACAAGAUAGCAAUUAUACAACACAUAGUUACACCCUCUCUUUUAUUGGCCAUAAUUUUAUUGUUUUUAUAAUACUUCACGGGGAGAAGGGAAUGGGAGGUGCGGAACUAUUAAUGAUAGUUAACCAGUAUUGUGUUGCCCUUGCUUAAGAGAUUUCUAUUACUUCAAGAUAAGAUUGAAAUCUUAUGCUGUGUAGAAUUAUUAUCAGCAGUGAAGA